GGGCCUUCUUCAAGCAGCAAGCAUCACAGCAGGACGUAGUACAAAGCUAGCUGCCUCUCAUCAGUCAUCAACAUGGCCCUCCAAGCUCCAAUCAUCAACAUGGCGUCCCUGGGUAGCAGAGCUGCCGGCCGUCGUCGUCCCACGGUGCUCCAGCAGAUCGCUCUCUUCGUCGUUAUCGCGGCGGUCAUCAUGAACAGCUCCGUCUGCGUUGGAGCCGCCGGCCACGACGCCGCUGUAGUAGGCACAGACCCUAACCACCCUGCUUUCCCGUCGCCGCCUGGUAAACCCUACACCGGCGGCCGUGGGUGCCGCACAAUUUACGGAUGUCGUGAUGUACCACCGGCGGGUGGCCAGCCCUAGUUACACCCGCGCACCGACCAAUCUGUCAAAAUAAUGCAAGGAUCGAUCGACAUAUGUAGCUGAACGGCGACCUAGAUGCAUAUAUACUAUAUGCAUGCGUGCCUCUUAUACACGAGCAAUACCGUCUCGUGAUGUACUCGUACCUACUUAGACUCGAAUAAAACUGGAUUAUUGCGUGUC